AGUAUAUAUGCUGAAGAAGGGGUUCAAAUUCCAGCUAUGCUAUGGAAAUGGUGUAAUCUGUUUUCAACUCUGCUUCGCUACAUUUUGUUUCUUGAAAGACGAUCUGAUGUUCAAACUGAAAUACGGGACAGUUACUUUCCUUGUAGCACUUCUUCUACUUAUUUUUUCUGAGAGUGGACAAGAAAUACAGAGACAGGAUGAAAAAUUGCACAUGGUGCUUUAUGAGUGUUCAUGGUACAACAAACCAUUAUGGUUCCAAAACUGCUUCAAAAUAAUGUUGACCCGCAACAGUAUACCAAUCAGAAUGGACGUUUACAAAAUUUUCACAUUGAAUAGGAACAAUGUAACGGUUGUGCUGAGAAGUGUAUAUUCGUAUUUUAAUUUCCUUAGACAGUUUUCUGGAGAUUUGUGAAACCGUGCAUUUACGACGUAAUACUAUUGAUUGGGAAAUUCAUAUUUCAACUAGGGUAGAAUCUCAGUGAUCAUUCAACUAUCUACUGAU